AUGGCCUCGGCGAGAUAUCAACGUCUCAACGACAUGCGCGGACUCGACGAUAGCACCGAUGUCCUCAUCCGAGUCAGCCAGACUGCGACCGAGCAGGUGCGGCAUGGAUGGCGGGCCUUUGUCAACUUCGCAGCUCGUGACAACGUCCUCGAGGUCGCCCUCGGUUUAAUUAUCGCUAACGCGUUCACCAAAGUGGUGACCUCGUUUGUGUCGGAUAUGGCGUUGCCGAUCGUCUCUUUGUUGCCAUUCCUGAACCGAAACAUGGACCAGAAAUUCGCCGUUCUCUCCCAAGGACCCAAUUAUGUUGACGGUGAGGGUUAUAAUACCAUCGAGCAGGCUAGGGAUGACGGCGCACUUGUUUUGGCUUGGGGAAUGUUUGUCGAAAACAUACUCAACUUUGCUGGAGUCAGCUUGACAUUGUUUGCGGUCGCCCACUUGUAUAUGUUCAUCUCUCAUGACAAGAUCAUCAAACCCACUAUCCGGUGCAGAUAUUGCAGGAAGUUUAUCAGUGUCGAGGCAAAACGCUGUGCGAAUUGCUCGAGCUGGCAAGAUGGAAGAGAAGACCUUCCUCAAAAAAGCUGCAGCAGUAGCAGUAGCAGCAGCAACAUCGCCGACCGGAGUUGA